CUCGGACAACCCAAGCGUAUCCGGACGUACAUGAGGGAUGAUGCGUUGUGACGGUCUGUGCGCGCCCAGUCUCUGAGACAGGGGACCUACGAUUGGGGGACAGAGACGAGGAUGAUCGCCGCGUGCUGGAUAGCGCUACUAACCCUGACCGUGGCGGGGUACGCCCGGGGAACAUGUAUGCGUUACGAGAAGGAAGGGGGCAGCAACACUGGAAAUGGGAUCGAGACACCCGUGACAAAGUGUACAUAUAGUGACCAGAACGGGAAAACCAUAGAAAUUAAUGUAAACGCCACCUACCGGCAUCUCACGGACUGCACGGACUGUAAGUGCUUGACAUUCGGAGUGGUGGAAUGCUGCGCAUUCGGCGCAAAGGCCGGAAAAAUGGACGUUCCGUCCGCCUGUACUCUAGUGAAGGUCAAUAAUUGCGAAAGUAAACUGGUUCUGAAGUCUGACGAGAGGACGCCGUGUAAGGCAGAACCAGUCUACCCGUCGUCCACAGAGAGUCUGAACUCACAGCAAAAUUCUGGGACGAAAGAAAACGAAAACGCGGGAAAUAGCCUGACGUCACACGGCGCCAUGUUUGUGCUCACUGUUUUAUGUCUGUUGCUUUGUCGAUUGACCUGAUUUAUCCUAUGACAAGCAGUGUUUUGUGCAACUUCAUGAGAUGUGUGGAUAAAAACAAAAGUGUUAUUCUUUUGAAAGUAAUCAUGUGUAUUUAACUUGCAUUCUUACACAGUGAAGUGUCCAUCAUUUUUGUAAUACAUGAUACUCAUUUGAUAUAGAUGAGUAGGAUUUAUGUUAAGAUAUUAAAAUAUCAAUGUGUUGAUAA